AUUGUUAUGCUGCUUACAGGCUCUUCAAGUGGCACCGGAAAAAGAAAGACGAUGUCAAACAGUCUCCCAAAUGAAGUUGUCGCCGAAAUCCUCUCACGACUGUCCGUGAAGUCGGUCAUCAGAUUCAGGUGCGUUUCCAAAACAUGGUGCUCUCUCAUCUCCAGCCCUCAUUUCAUCGCCACCUACCUCAGCCGCGCUCUUUCCAUCCCCCAAUACCCAUCCAACCUUGUGUUCCACCAUUUCGACUACCGACUCAAGAAAGACCGACCCCCUGCCAUACGCAUCCGCCUACUUUCCCUGGAUCCACAAAUACAAGAGAGGAGUUUGGUCACUGACCGAUUAGAUUUCAUAAGAGACCCAUCAGAUUCCAUAGGACCGCUUUGCUACAGCAAUUGCAUGCACGUAAUUGGUUCAUCUAACGGCCUAUUUUGUCUCACCAGAGGUUUUGAUUCAUACGUUCUCUGCAACCCUUGUAUUCAAAAAGCCAUAUCCAUUCCGCACCCUAAUAUUGGCCGUGGGGGAUUAAUGGAAAACCAAUCUCUUGGCUUUGGGUAUUGCCCGAAGACUGACGAUUACAAAGUGGUGAGGGUUGUAUAUGUCGUAGCCACUACUCAUUCUCUGGUUGAGAUUUAUACGCUUCGAACCGGCGCAUGGCGCUCUUUUACGGCCCCCGGUCCUCCCUACUACUUUGGAGAACCCAUCGGCGGAAACUCGUUAUGCAAUAGUUUCUUUAAUGGGGCAGUCCACUGGCCAGCUCGCACUCCCAAGCACCAGCGCCCGUUUCACCAUCUGAUCGUGUCGUUCAAUAUGGAAGAUGAGGUGUUUCGUGAAAUGGCUAUGCCAAAGAGUUUACAAGGCGAUCAAGAAAUCUCCGAGUUUUUUAUGGCGGUAGUUGAUGGGUUGCUUGCUCUUAUCCCCUGCCGGGACGAUGAGGAUAUGCCCGUAUGGGUGAUGAAAGAGUAUGGAAGAGCGGAAUCUUGGACUAAGCAGUUCGAUAUUAAGUUUGAGUGUGGAGCAUAUGCAUAUGGUCCGAUAGGCUUUAGAAAGAACGGUGAAGUUCUACUAGAGGACCAGGAGGGAAAUUUGUGUUCUUACGAACGUAAUAGCGAACAAUCCUGGUAUCUUCACAUUAAUGAUAUAAGUGACUGGCUUUAUUUCGAUUCUUAUGUGGAGACGCUUGCUCUACUGAAUGUAGCAGAUGGAGUUUUGGGAGUGCAAGCGACUGCGUCUUGUGUUGGUAAGCUCAAGGCGAAAGAAAAGAAGAGAAAAAGGAAGAUACGGAUGUUGGGACAGUGAUUCAGUUGCGAGCAAGCAGGAAAAGGAGGUUUUACUGAUCGAUCUAGUCCCAAGCCAAAUCAUUCUUGGUGGUAGAGUAGUUCAAAUGACUUGAAAAAGAGUAUUAUAAUGUACUGCUCGUAAUACAAUGAUUGGAUAGUUUGAUAGUUGGAAGGCUUUUAAUGGGUAGUAAUUACAACUUCUAUGCUUAAAUUAAUUUUUGAUCCUACAAUGUCUAUAUUAUA